AGGCGGGCGCCUACUGCAAGUGCCGCUGUGUACGGAAUUUCCUGUGACUUCCGGCAGCUCCUACACUGUUGCCUGUAGUUCCGUUAUCUAUCCCCAACAGCCAGGCAGCAAUGGAAGACAGCAGCGGGUUCCGCCCGUCGACCGGUUACCUCGAUGACCCUCCCAACAGCCGGGUGUUCCUGGUGGUCAGCAAGUCGGUGACGGAGGAUAAGAUUCGGGAGAGGUUCUCCGUGUUCGGCGACAUCCAGGACAUCUGGGUGGUGAAGGAUAAAAAGACCAAGGAGUCCAAGGGCAUCGCCUUCGUCAAGUACGCCAAGUCCUCCCAGGCAUGCCGGGCCAUGGAGGAGAUGCACGGCCGCUGCCUCAGAGAGAGCACCAAGCCCAUCAAGGCAUUUAUUGCACAAUCGCGUGGCUCCUUAAAUCCCAGGGACGUGGAAGAUGAAGAGCUGACAAGGAUCUUUGUAAUGAUUCCAAAGUCUUACACAGAAGAAGAUAUCAACAACAAAUUUAAGGAAUAUGGGCAAAUAGAACACUGCUCAAUUAUUAAAAAUAAAACGACAGGCGAAAGUAAAGGAUUGGGAUACGUACGAUUCCUCAAACCUUCCUAUGCUGCUUUGGCAAUUGAAAACUGUGAACGAAGCUACAAGGCAAUCCUGGCAGAACCUAAAAACAAAGUUGCAGGGGCAGAGAUGUCUGAUCACCACAGUACCGCUCGCCAGCAAGAGGCGUUACUGCACGACCCCACUAUUGCUAUGUAUUCUUACAGUCAGUUUGAACAAUACGAUUAUCCCAUUUAUGACAAGGUUCCAGAGGCAAGAACCCAGGAGGCUGUGUCCAAGCGGCUCACGGUUAUGUCGCGGCUACCCCUGGUCCAGGAACAGCUGUUCGUUUUGUUUGACCUUAUUCCUGGACUUGAGCUGUGUGAGGUCCAACGGGAUCUGUACGCACAGUAUGCACAUGCAAUCGUUCAGUAUCAGAAUAUCGCCUCUGCAAUUUAUGCUAAAUGCAAGCUGCACGGCUUUGAGUACCCACCCGGAAACCGGCUUGGUGUCACUUACUUAAGUGACGGAGUUGAUGGCACAGACUUAAUCAGAAAAAUGGCCUCCCAGAUGGUGGCUGCCCAAGUGAAUUCCAUGGUGUGGGGUUCCCAAGGUGCACCGCAAUACCCAUCACCAGCAACUGCGGAGGACAGUGCCUCUCUGGCAGGGCAGAGACCCCCGUGGGAGUACCAGCUUGGAAAUGUUUUGAGUGAAUGGCUCUCUGCUGAAAGAACGGGGAGACCAGGUCGGCUCUCUUCUUAUUCUUCUGAGGCCUAUGAUCGAGCCUACGCCCCCCCUGCUGCUCCUCCUCCGAUUCAGACAGACGCUACCCUUCCAUCAUACAAACCGAAAGCACCCAGUGAUGCACAGUGCAAGGAAAGGUUGUUUGUGGUGUUCAAUCCUCACCCAUUACCCGUGGAAGUGGUGGAAGAUGUAUUCUGCCGGUUUGGGAACCUAAUAGAAGUUUACAUUGUAGCUGCGAAGAACGUUGGUUAUGUCAGAUAUGCAGAAGUGUCCAGUGCAAAUGAAGCAAUUUUUGCAUUACAUGGAAAGAUGGUGAACGGCGUGAAGCUGAAAGUGAUGCAAGCGGAAUCUCCAAGAGAUGAGUCCAAUAAGAGACAGAGAACCUACUGAGUUUCUAGUUUCAUAAACCGUUGGUUCCCAGCAUUAGUCAUGACUUAUACAAAUUAGUAUUUCAAAGUACGAUAACUUUACCUCUGGUGGGAUAAAAAAAACAGGAGAGGCACAAGAAGAAAGGGUAGAGGCUGAAUUUGGGAGUCAGAGAGCCUGACAUAUAAGCGUUGGGAUCACAGAGUCAUUAUAACAAUGUGGUGAAGGUGAAUUGAAAAGUGUUAACCAUGAUUUCUCCGGAUCGCACAAUAUGCUUGCAUUGGCUAUUCUGACCA